UACACAAUCAAAUACGUUUCGUGAUUGGACGUUACAUUCAAUUUGUUUUAUUUUUUAAAAUGAUUUAUGAUGUUUUAGUAAAGUUUUUAUUUAUACUAAUUAUGGUACGAUAUUGUGAGUGUGACACGCCACCAAAUAACGCGGCGAUAAGUGAUAAUAUAUAUCCUAUAGUCGCAGUGAAAACAGGAAAAUUAAGAGGAACUGUUGCGACACUACUUGAUGGAUCUACAUAUUAUAGUUUUAAAGGUAUCCCGUAUGCCAAAGCACCUUCUAAAGAGCGAAGAUUUCAGGCUCCACUUCCACCGGAGUCUUGGGGAGAAAUCCGCGACGCAAUCGAUCACGGUCCAGUUUGUCCACAAUAUGAUAAUCCUGAUCUGAUAGAGGGCAGUGAAGACUGUUUAUUCGUAAAUGUUUACACCAAGAGUCUUGACCCUAAAGCUAAUAUCCCAGUUAUGGUUUACAUUCACGGUGGUAGCUACAGUUCUGGUUCGGGCAAUAAUGACACUUAUAACCCAGAUUUUUUGAUACAACAUGAUGUAAUCUUAGUGACUAUAAACUACAGACUGGAGUUAUUAGGAUUUUUAUGUCUCGAUACUCCCGAGGUUCCAGGCAAUGCCGGUAUGAAAGAUCAAGUUUUCGCUUUACGCUGGGUACAGGAUAACAUAGCGCAGUUCGGUGGUAAUCCAAACAGUGUCACCAUCUUUGGCGAAAGUUCUGGUGCGAGUUCUGUUACUUACCACAUGUUAUCGCCAAUGUCCAAAGGAUUAUUUCAUAGAGUUAUCGCUCAAAGUGGAACCGCUAUCCACGAUUGGACAAUAGGUAGAGAUUCCAAAGAAAGAGCAUUCAAAGCAGCCAAAGUUUUAGGAAAAAAUACGGGAAAUACUAAAGAAUUGUUAGACUUCUUUCGUAGCUUGAAACCAAUACAGCUUGCUAAUUUAACCGAAAGAACAUUAUCAUACGACGAGAGAUAUAGAGGAUUACAAGAAACAUUUGUUCCUGUCAUUGAAACUAAAUUUAAAGGUGUAGAAGCAUUUUUAGAUAAAAGUCCCGUUGAAAUGCUCGCAAAAGGAAAGGUGCGAUCCAAAGUACCAAUAAUGAUCGGUUACAAUUCUGCAGAAGGUUUGAUAAUUGUUGACGAUCGUGUAAAUAACAUUGAGGUUUAUAACAAAAAUCCUUCCUUCUUCGUUCCAAAAGAAAUAGAAGAGAUGGUAUCUGAAGAAUCAUUAACAGAAUUUGGCAACAGAGCAAAAAGUUUUUACUUCGGACUUAAUAACAUAACAAAAGAUGAACCACAAACAAUUGAAAUGAUUAAUAGCGAUAUAUUUUUCAUUUAUAAUACCCAUAGAUUUGCUCACCUCUACGCCUCAAACAAUCAACCCAUAUACAUGUACAGAUUUAAUUACGAUACAGAGCUUAAUAUCAUAAAAAUAUAUUCAAAAUAUAACUUUUUGAAAGGCGCCUGUCAUGCUGAUGAUCUAUUCUACAUCUUCUACAAUUCUUUUAAUAAGAAAGCUUACGAACAACAAGAGAGGCUAAGAAAAAUUGUUUUUGACAUAACCGCACUAUGGGCUAAUUUCGCAAAAACAGGUAAUCCGACGCCUGAUAACAGUUGGAAGCCAUUUACGCGGCAGGGUAAAGAAUAUUUGAAAUUAGAAGAAAACAGACGGAUGGGGAAGUUCGCGGAAAAAGACCGGGUGAAAUUCUGGAACCAAAUCUACAAAGAGGCGAAUCUUCCUUACAUUGUUAAUACUGAUUAAAAUUAAAAACACAUGAA